AUGCCAUACGUACUAGUUUCAGAUGAGGCGUUUCCCUUGAAGUCAUAUCUAAUGAGACCAUAUAGCAGGGCAACUCUAGGUGGAAAUGAAGGAAACAAAAUUUUUAACUACAGGCUUCCUCGGGCAAGACGCGUAGUGGAAAACGCGUUUGGAAUACUUUCAAAUCGUUGGAGAGUGUUCAGAACAAAUAUUCAAGUACAACCCAAAUCCGUAGACAACAUAGUACUUUCUGCAUAUUGUCUUCAUAAUAUGUUAUGCCAAAGCCAUGAUUUUCAAUUGGAUGAAAUAAAUAAUUACGAAAGUACAGAAGUUCUUGGAGAUAUGGAACCGUUAAGAGGGAAUAGCACUCAGAGAUCAUUUGAAAUACGUGAAAAGUAUAAAGAUUUUUUUUAUCAUCUAUGGGGUCAGUACCAUGGCAGUACGAAAUGGUUAGGAGAGGAAGAAUUAAUGUGA